AUGGAGCUGGUUGUGCGAUGGAUGGAGUGUGUUCUCUGCAUUUUCACUCUGGUAAACCAGCAUAUGAGAUACACGGCGUAUGUGCGCGUGUUCGUGGCAGACGUGAACGAUAACGCACCUCAGUUUGAGAAACCUGUGUAUGAAGUGAGCGUGGAGGAGGACCAGGAGGUGGGCUUUUCCCUCAUCACGGUGACGGCCACCGACCAGGACGAUGGAGCGAAUGCUAAGCUGCGGUAUCAGCUUUCGUCUGGGACCAGCCUGGCUCGGGACCCGGCUCUGGGCUGGUUUGGCGUGGAUCCUCAGGUGGGACGGGUCUUCGUGGCACAGAACCUGGACUUUGAGACGCAGCAGCGUCUGGAGCUGCGGCUGGUGGCGUCUGACGGGAAGUGGGCCAACGACACGCUGCUGAUCAUCACCAUCAUCAACCGCAACGACGAGGCUCCGGUGUUCAGCCAGGCCCUGUACCAGGCCUCUGUGCUGGAGGAGAGCGCAACACUGCCACUGCUGCUGCUGCAGGUGUCAGCCGUGGACCCAGACCUGAACUCGGACCAGUCCCAGCUGCGGUACUCGCUCCACGGUCAGGGAUCUGGAGGAGAGUUCUCCAUCAACGCCCACACAGGCUCCAUCCACGCUCUGCGGCGCCUGGACCGAGAGCAGCGCCCCGUCUGGAGGUUCCUGGUCCUGGCCACAGAUGAGGGAGGCGCAGGACUCACUGGUUUCGCAGACGUGGUUUUAGAAGUUAAGGACGUAAACGACAACGCGCCCUUCUUUCCGUGCGGCGCCUUGGAGGAGGACGGCUGCUUUGUGGGUCAGGUGGCGGAGAACUCUCCCGCCGACACCUCGGUGAUGGAGAUGCGAGCCACAGACCUGGACGACCCCAACGAGGGCUCCAACGCCGCCAUCCGCUACAGCAUCCUGCACAACGUCCACAACCACCUCAACCUCCAGCUGUUCGCCAUCAACGCCAGCACGGGCGCCAUCAGCACGGUGCUGCGCUCUCUGGACCGGGAGCAGCAGCAGCGUCUCCUGGUGGUGGUGGAGGCGCGGGACGGCGGCGGGCUCAGAGGCACGGCCACCGCCACCAUCCUGGUGACCGACGUGAACGACCACGCUCCAGUGUUCACGCAGGACUCUUACUCUGCUCAGGUGUGGGAGGACCUGGAGCUGAACAGUGAGGUCCUGGUGGUGUCGGCCACAGACGCCGACGCGGGUCCGAACGCUGCCGUGACCUUCAGCGUGGUGGACGGAGACCCUGAGCGCAGGUUCUUCAUGGAAACCAACAGGACGAGUGGGCGAGGCGUCCUCAAACUCAGGAAGACGGUGGAUUAUGAGAGAGAGCAGGACAGGAGCUUUAACCUGACGCUGAAGGCAGAAGACCCGGAUCUGUACUCGCUCACAUACGCCAGCAUAAAGGUCCGUGACGCUAACGACAACGCGCCACUCUUCCUGCCACAGUUUUACGAAGCCUCCCCCAUUUACGAGGAUUCUCCCCUGGGCUCCAUCGUGGCCCAGGUCACUGCCUCAGACCUGGACUCGGGACAAAACGGACGCUUUUCUUUCUACAUCGCCGCAGAGUCCGAUCCGUACGCUCAGUUCUCCGUCGAUGAGUCUGGGCGCGUGGUGCUAGCGUCUCUAUUGGACCGAGAGAGAGUCUGCCAACACCGCAUUGUCGUUUUGGCUAAAGACAUGGGAGAGCCAGCGCUAACCGGCUCCGCUAUCGUCAUGCUAACGGUUCUGGACGUCAACGAUAACGCCCCAGAGUUUGAGGUGGAUUACCGGCCGAUAGUUUGGGAAAACACAGGCGCUCCGCAGGUCGUAAGGAUGAACAGUUCGUCGGUGUUGCUUCACGUCAAAGACCGGGACGCGGGGGAAAAUGGCGGCCCGUUCAGGCUGCGGAUGCUACGGCUAACGACGGACGCGGACAGCUUCAACCUGACGGAUCUCCGUAACGGCAGCGCGGUGCUAACGGCGCUGCGCAUGUUUGACCGGGAGCGGCAGAGUGAGUACGAGCUGGCGGUGGUCAUGGAGGACAGCGGCGUGCCCUCCCUCAGCGCCACACACACACUCACCGUGACCGUCGGCGACCGCAACGACAACCCGCACCAGCCCGCACUCACCACCUUCAUGGUCUACAACUACGAUGGCCUCCUCCCCAACACAGUCCUGGGGAAAGUCCAGGCUCCGGACCCCGACGAUUGGGGACAUAAGCACUACAGCCUCCAGGGAACCCCAGCCAGGAUGUUCAGUCUGAACCAGAGCUCUGGGGUCCUGUCCAUCUCUGAGGCCACGCCCCCUGGCUCGUACCUUCUCCAUGUGGGCGUGUCCGAUGGCACCUGGCCUGACGUGAGCUGCAGUGUGAGGGUGGAUGUCCGAGAGCUCCCCCCAGAGGCUCUGAGCAGCGCUGCAGCUAUCCGCAUUCUCAAUGUAACGCAGGAGCAGCUGUUUAGCCCAGUCCUGGACCAGAGCCUGUUUUCCCGGGUGAGCGUAGCCGUGUGCGACCUGCUUCAGCUGCCCCCCCACCACGUGCACGUCUUCUCCCUGUCUCAGGCCUCCGUCUCUGGGCACAGCGCUGUGGACCUGUGGCUGUCUGCACGGGGAGAGGCCUACAUCAGACCAGAGAAGAUACUGGGGUACAUCAGUGCACACCAGGCCAGGCUGGAGUCGUCUCUGGGCGUGUCUCUGUCUGCUGUGGACGCCUGCUCGCCCUCCCCCUGCUCCUCCUCCACCUCCUGCAGCACAGAGGUGGACUUCAGCCUGCAGCCAGAGCCCCUGGGAUCGGGCCCCGUGGUCCUGGUGUCGCUAAGGCCCUCAGUGAAGGCUCGUUGUGGCUGCAGAUCCAGAGAGCUCACCUACUCCUCCUGCUCCUCCCUCCACAGUAACCCCUGUCUGAACGGGGGCACCUGCUCUGACGGGCCCCUGGGAUUCAGGUGUGUGUGCCCCCCUCUCCUGGACGGCCCUCGCUGUGAGCAGACCUCCAUCACGUUUGGAGGGUCGGGGUUCUCCUGGCUCCCCCCCCUCAGCCUCUGCGCCUCCUCUCUGCUCUCUCUGGAGUUCGUGCUGGAGUCGUCUGGGCUGCUGCUGUACCAGGGGCCCCUCACUGCAGCUCAUGGGCCUCUCACUGCUGCUCAGGGGCCCCUCACUGCAGCUCAGGAGCAGGGCCUGGCCUUCAUCGCUUUAGAGCUGAUUGAUGGAGUGGCAGUCCUCAGUCUGGACCUGGGAUCCGGGCCCCUGACUCUGGCUCUGCCCUCAGAGUCUGCUGUAACAGACCGACACUGGCACCGGCUGGAGGUCCUCAUACAGGAACAGUCCGUGGAGCUGAUCCUGGAUCAGUGCAGACCUGGGGACCCGAGCUGCAGAGCAAAGGGCCUCCUCCCUCCAGGACACAGAUGGCUGGACAUGUGGUACCCCCUGCAGGUGGGAGGAGUGAAGCAUUUUUCUCCUCUGCUCAAAUACAGAAGCUUCAGCGGCUGCCUCCGCAACCUGGGGCUGGAUUCACAGGUGUAUGAUUUGGCGUCUCCAGGGGACAGUGUGGACGCGUCCCCUGGAUGCAGACUUACAGACGGAGUGUGUGUGUCCCCUGGAGGUCCCACCUGUGGUCCUCACGCCUCCUGUGUGUCACAGUGGGGGUCCUUCAGCUGUCACUGCCACCCAGGCUUCAGAGGACACCAGUGUGAGACAGAGGCCCCAGAGUUCUCCCUGGACGGGGAUAGUGUGGUGCGUCUUCAGCCCAGAGCAGGAGCUGAUCCCAGGAAAACAUCUGUCCAACUGCUGCUGAGGACGAGGGAGAAGGAGGGAGUCGUCCUGAGGGUGGAGGAGGCGGAGACCGGACUGUACCUGUGUGUGGAGCUCAGAGGAGGCCUCCUGUCAGUGCGCUCAGACCUGGGAGGUGGAGCAGAGAGUCUGCUGCUGCCUGGUCUUAGAGUGGACCUGGGGGAGUGGAUCCAGGUCAACCUGCUCCGCUACGACACCCACCUCACUCUGAGCCUGGAGAGAGGAGGAGGCAGCAGGGAGGUGCAGAGGCGGCUGCCAGAUGGAGGCCAUGGAGGAGGUCAUGGAGGAGUGGAGAUGAACCAGGUCACUGUGACAGUGGGACGACCAGACAACAGCAGUGCAGGCUUUCAGGGCUGCCUGAAGGACGUGCGCUUCAAUGGUCUCCUUCUGCCCCUGGGCGGCCGCGGCUCCGAGGGCGUGGCUGUUCUGCAGGAGAGGGGCGUGUCCUUAGGCUGCACCAGUGACGCCUGUGCUUCAGCUCCAUGUCCCAGAUCUCUGCGCUGUGUGGACCAGUGGAGGAGACACCAGUGCAGAUGCCCCGGCUCCCAGAUGUUGCUGUCAGACUCUGGUGGUGAGCGCUGUGUCCCGUCCCCGUGCAGAGCCUGGUCCUGUGGUCAGGGGGGGGUGUGUCAGCCUCUGUCUGCAGAGCACUUCCUGUGUGUGUGUGGGGGGGGGCUCCGGGGGCCUCGCUGUGAACUGGGGGCUCUGAGAGCGCGGAGAACCUCAGGUCUGAGUCCCAGCUCCAUCCUGGCUAUCAGCAUGUGUCUGCUGCUGUUCCUGGGGGUGCUGGUGGCUGUGACCGUGUGGAACCAGAAGGGCAGCAGGAACAAGUUCAGGAGGAGAGGAGUGUAUCACAUGCCCACGCAGCAGGAGAGCUGGGAGGACGUCCGCGAGAACAUCCUCAACUACAACGAGGAGGGCGGCGGCGAGCAAGACCAGAACGGGUACGACAUGUCGGAGCUGAAGCGUCCCGUCUGCUCCAGUCUGUCUCAGUCCUCCUCCUGCACCACUGCUCCUCUGCUGCACUCCUCCCCUGGGUCACAGGAGGAGGUGCACCACAGCGCCCCCUACAGACCGCACCGACUCCACUCUGUGUGCGGAGACCUGUGCUCAGAGCCCGAUCCUAGUCCGAGCCAGGUCUGGACCCGGGUGUACAGGCGACAUGUGGACUUCCGCAGCUACGUGUCUCGGAUCCUGUGGGAGGCCGACCACCAGGGGGCGGCCUUCCCGCCGGACUCUCUGCACGUGUGGAGCGUGGAGGGCAGCGGGUCCAGCGCCGGCAGCCUGAGCUCGCUGGGGUCGGGCCUGAGUGCGGGGGAGGAGCCAGGCCCUGGGAACCGACCGCUCUGA